AUGAACUUUCUCCUUCUCCUUCUCUUCUUCUUCUUCUCCGGAUCCUUGGCCUAUCCGAGGUACUCCGAGGACACACGUCGCUUCGGAUAUGCUCCUGCUCCAUCCGAAGAAAGUUCCGAAGACGUAUUCGACCAAGUCGACGAGGGAAGUCGGCACAGAGUGGCCAACUUCAUUCAGGAUCUCGCCAAGAAGGACGACGCGGAACUUGUCGAUUAUUUUGAUGCAAGAGCUUCAGAAAUUCAGAACCAAAACUCAUGUUACAUUGCAGACGGAGCACAAAUCGGACCCUGACAAUCGUAAAUCUUCGGCGGUUUCCUUCGGAUCCUAAAGGCGGUGGGACGAGCGCUGAAGGUCGGAGUGAAGGCAGGAGCCCGAGUCGCCGCACAAGCCACCAAGGCCGUCGCGAAAGCGGGCGGAAAUGCUCUGAAACGUGUGCGGCGGACGUUUAACGCGUUCCGCGGGUCCAACCCGAACAACUUCCCGCGCGCCAAGCAGUUUAUCGGAAAGACGGCGGAGGUGGUCGAAAAGGACGCGAGCGGCGCGGUCAAGGUUCGCAAAUUCUAUCAGUUUGCGGAUACGGAGAAGGGAAAGGGACUCAUGUACCAUGUGGAGAAUGUGCUAGAGGGGAACGUGCAGGAGGGAUUCACGCAGAUGGAGACGAAUCCGUUGGAUCAGACCAUGUAUGACGACAACGAGGGGACUGCGUAG